AAAUAGAAACUGCUCUUCAACAAGUAAUGUAGUUACUUUUGUGAAUACAAGAACAUGAUCGAAGUAGCUGCACAAUCAUGUUAGUGCCAAGGAAAAGGUAGGUUCGCGGCGUGGCCGCAGGAUGAGCGUCUGCAUUUCAUCAGGAGCUAAAGAAAAAUGGAAAGGACAUUUAUGAGUGUUUCAUAGCCUUGAACUAUGACGAAUUAUACUGACAACAAGUAUGAUCUGCGCCCACGGCUGAUGAGUCCUGUGUGCAGGCGGUCGUGACUAUGUGCUGAGUGGUGGUGAAUCGUGGUGAAUCCGAAUACCAAGUAUCUACUUUCGAAAGUAGCCGUCGCUCGUUUGUAUCGAUUUUCCGUGCUUCAAUCGUUUGAGGAUGACGACCGGGUUGGGGCGGACCUCACAAAACUCUGCCGGCGGACAAGUAUUUACGGUUGGCGUGCCUGGCGGCUUUCGAUUUACAGAGCUCGGCGAUGGACCCCACCAAGGUGUUGAUUUGGUCUUUGCUUGUCCUUGUAGUUGAAAGAACACCUCAUAUUCUUUGAUGAAACAGAUUUCACAAUUCGCUUUGAUCCCUCAACAUUGUUGUCACUCUUGAGGAUGAGACAAAUACUGAAAUGCAGUGGCCGAGUCGGCUGGCGUCGCAACGAGCGUGAUUCCGUACGCACGACCAAAAAGGGAGCCGCCCGUACCCUUCGCAGGUAGGCCGUCGUCGACGAAUACGACGACAGUUGCAGCGACCGGCUCACCUGUACCAGGUUCAAGUAGAGGAGGCAUGGGAACGGGUAGAAAAAUAGAAGAGACUCCACGUGCGGUCCCCGCAGACAAACCUAAAAAACCAAUACAAGCAUCCUGGUGGUGCUGCUAGCUGAUUUUCUAUUGGUUGUACUAUAAUCAUCGAUUGAAGAUAGCAAUUACAGCAUGCAGCGCGGCUGCUUGUAGUAAGC